CACUGGUGUGUCCCAGACUUGAGGAGGGGCGUGUACUGUCACUGUUUGAGCUUCUGUUACGUAAGCCGCUUGAUGCUGUGACCACCAGGCAGACAGGAGCUUCAAGAUUUGCCCUUCCAGACCUAUUGGCAGACUGUGGGCCGAAGAUCAAGCAGUGUUUCCAUAGGAAGGAUUUUAAAGCGCAAAGAUGGCGGCUUCCUUGCUGAGAAUAGGGCGACUUGGCGCUCUCAAGUGCGUGCAUGCGGAGAGCUGGGGCUCUUUGAGGAGAGCUCCUGCAGCUGUUGCCUUAUGCACGAAUGCUGGUGGUCCCAAGAAGCCCAAGAAGAGCAGUUCAGAGAAAAAGUCCCAGGGCAAAACAUACUUCGAUAUAGAGAAGCUUGUCCCACACAGAACAUAUGUGGAAUUUCCCAGGAAAGACGCGACACCAGCAGCUGCUGCCGCAGCAGAACUUGCUGCCACCCUCAAACCUUUUGAAGCAGUUGCCGCAGAGCCAAUUGUCGCCGCCACUGAAGCUGUAGCAGCUUCCGCUGCAGCUGAAGCCACACCAGUUGUAGAAACCGUUGCCCUCUCAGGUGAAGCAGUUGCUGAAGCCGCUGCACCGACUCCAGCCGCUGCUCUGGCAGCUGAAGCUGCCCCCAUUGUUGAAGCCAUUGCAGUUGAAGCCAUUGCAGUUGUUGCUGCUGAAGCUGCCCCCGCUGUUGAAGCCAUUGCAGUUGAAGCCAUUGCAGCUGAAGCUGCCCCCGUUGUUGCAGCUGAAGCCGUUGCAGUUGAAGCCACUCCUGCCUUUGAAGCUGCUGCUCCUGCUGCAGCCGAAGCUGCCACACCCGCUGUUGAAACUGCCACUGAAGACGCACCCGCUGUCGAAGCCAUUGCACCCGCUGAAGCCGUUGCACCAGCAGCUGAAUCCCCAGUAGAGGUUGCCCCUGCAGAAGCUGCCCCUGUUGAAGCUGCGGCUGAAGCCCAUGUUGAAGCCGUAGCAGAGGUUCCAGUAGAAGCUGACCCAGUUGAAGCUGCUGCAGAAGAUGUGGCUGAAGCUGCCCCCGUUGAAGCUGCGGCUGAAGCCCAUGUUGAAGCCGUAGCAGAGGCUCCAGUAGAAGCUGACCCAGUUGAAGCUGCUGCAGAAGAUGUGGCUGAAGCUGCCCCCGUUGAAGCUGCAGCCGAAGCCCCUGUUGUAGCUGAGCUUGUGGCUGAAGCUACUGCAGAGGUUGUGGCUGAAGCUUCCCCCGUUGACGCUGCCACUGAGGAGCUGGUAGACACCUCCCCUGUAGUGGCGGAGGCUGCAGGAGAGGAGCUGAUUGCAGAGGCCCCGGCUGAUGCAGUACCGAUUGAGGCGUCUGAGGCUCAACUGGACCCCAUCCAGAAGCUAUUCCUGCAUUCAAUCCGCGAGUAUUCCUCAAAGAGCGCGGCUAGUGGUGGUUUGGUAGAUGCAGGCCCUGCAUAUGAGAAGAACUUGGCAGAAGAGCUGACUAAACUCCAGAGGCUGUAUGGCGGUGGUGACCUCACAGCUUUCCCAGAGUUCAAGUUCCCAGAGCCCAAGUUGGAGGAAGUUGCCCCCAAGUAAACAUCACCAGUCAACUUUUCUGUUGUCUUUUCCUGUCAAUCUGUUCUUUGAAGCGGACAUCUAGUAAUAAAUUACGUAGGCUACUAUAUCUAAUCAAGGCUAAAAUAAUGUUCAUUCAUUUUGUUUGUGGGGUAUACAGCUGUUUCCAUGUAUCUAGAAAUUCUCUUGCAAAUGAGUCUGUAUUAGACGUACGUGUUGGAGGACAAGCUGAUGCUGCACUUUGAGCUGUGAAAUAUGCUUUUGCAUAGGAUGAAGAUCCAGAAAUGUUUUAAGUUGGAUAAGGGAAAAAUAAACUCUGAUCCAUAUUGUUUUA